AUGGCCAAGAUGAAGAUGCAAUUCUAUGCAAUAGUCUUUUUGGUGAUCAUUACAAUGACAAAGGUAUUGGCAGAAGAGUCCCCAAUGUUGGCGGAAGAGCCACCGGCAAAAGUGACAGCCAAGGAGGUGACUCUUGCAGCAGAGGCUGCUGCCUCAAGCUUCAAAACCAGUGCUGGAGAAGCUGUUGAAGGUGCCAAAACAUGGGCGGAUUGGGCUACUAGCACAAUCAGGUAA